AUGGCCUCGGCAACGAAAUACGUCCAGCUAGCCAGGACGCUCCCCAAACCCCUACAGCGAGUCUUUGCCCGAUGGCCGCCGGCGUCUAUUCAGUCCCCGGGGGCUGCACCGACCCCGUACCAGGAGCAGAGACCUGAUCCGUUCCGGUUCUACAACCACCCCGUCACGGGGAAAUGGCAGGACCCAGUGUACUCGUACCGCCGACAAGCGCAGCUCGUGCAGAUGGCACGCGAGCACGGCAUCGAGGACCUCCUGCCCGAGACGACCAAGGGGUACGAGUACCGACUCGCGCACCGCGUCGAGCACGGCCUGAGAGUGAAGGGCACAGGCGUGGGACAAAAGGUCAAGGGUCACAUCCACGAACGACACAUGAUUGCAAAGAUGGAGCAGCGAAGGAAGGCCAUGCUGGAGAUGCCCAAGCUGAUCAAGGCCUGGAAGAGGGUGGGAAAGAGGAACUGGACCAAAUGGCCCAAGUAG